AUGGCGCCUUCGACAGCAGAGCAGAACUUUUCCAGGACGAUCCACACGGCAGCAUGUCUGGUGAUAGGGGAUGAGGUUCUUGGAGGAAAGGCAAGAUGUGAUAAUUCAAACUAUAUGGCCAAGUUCUGCUUUUCUCUGGGAAUUCAACUCAAGAGGGUGGAGGUCAUCGAGGAUGAUGAGUCCGAAAUCAUAGAGGCUGUCCGGCGGAUGAGCGAUCGAUAUGACUUUGUCGUUACUAGUGGUGGCAUUGGUCCGACACACGAUGAUAUCACGUACCAAUCCAUAGCAAAGGCAUUCGGUCUUGAGAUCAAACUCUACGAUGAGGCCUACCAACGGAUGAGGAAGCUCUCCAAACCCCGCCCGGGCGAAGAGACCUUCAACUGGGACGAGGAGUCACCAACAAAGACGGCCAGGCUCAGGAUGGUCGAACUGCCGACAGACGACUCCAUCCCGCUAGAGAAGCAGUUCCUCUUCCCGCGAGAGGAUCUCUGGGUGCCGGUGGCUGUUGUGAACGGGAAUGUGCACAUCCUCCCUGGCGUACCCCGCCUUUUCGAGGGUCUCUUGAACGGCCUGAAGGCGCAUAUUAUGCCACGGCUGGUUGACCCCGAAGGCAAGGGUGCGUGCCGCGUCCUCAUCUCGACGCCCAUGGGUGAGAGUGCCGUGGCAGCGUACCUCACCGAACUAGCCCACAAGGUUGAGCCACAGGGUGUGAAGGUGGGCAGCUACCCUCGGUGGGGCAAGACGAGGAACACCGUCACCUUGGUCGGGAAAGACCAGGCUUUCUUGGAUAGCAUUGCCCCCGAUGUCGCGCAGAACGUCAAGGGUCGCGUAGUCAAAAUCGAGGGAGAGGAUGACGAUCUUCCAGAUGCCGCAUAAGGUACCUUGUCACUGUUGCAUACUAGAAGUAGACGUUGGAUUGACCUGGAAGAGUCCGAAUUUUAGGAUAUUGGCGAGAAGGUGAAAGGGACGGUAAUUCUGAAUAUAGCACGAUCCCCAGAUUAUAGUCGCCGAAAACUUUCUGUUUUCUUUUGCUAUC